AUGAAGCGUUUCUUCUCUCGCUUCUCCACGCCUGGACCGACCUCGCCAACCAAGCAACUUCACGAUGCUACCUUGGAUCCAUCCGAGAAGAAGGAUCUCAGUGCACCCACUCCUACACCUGCCACCCUUGCUCCAUAUCACUCCAUCGGCCGCACCAAAGCGCUUGUCGCAAAGUUCGAGCGGCUUCCUCCACCUCUACCUGUCGAAUCACAUCACAGUGCCAACGAGACGCCAGUCGCACCGAUCGCACCACAGAUCACGAUACCCAACCAUUUGGCUGGCCUGUCCAUCUCAGACGUUUCCAGUUAUCCUUCAAACACUGCUCCACCGUCAGUAAUCGUCGCAUCCGUCCCUAAACGUCUUCCUGGCUCAAGCUUGCCCAUAGAACCAUCACAUCGACCCAAAGAGGCUGUAUUGGGCUCUGGCGUAGAUUCUACAACAUUGCCAACCACAGAUCACGAUAAGAGCCAGCGACAAGCGAGCGGCGGUAGUCAGACCGCCUCGUCCUCUACACACGCUAGCAAAACCGUCGCGUUUGCGCCCUCUCCUCAAAAGCAACGUUCUACCUCCCCUGCGCAUAUCAGUCAAUUUCAACGUCUCGCAGCCUCUCAGCCGCUUUCUCGCUCAAGUUCAGCCGAAAGUAAUCCUCUUGCAGGCGGGAGCAACUUUGCACGCCCCACCGCUGCCAGCCAGGCCAGAUCGAGAACAUGGACACGAUCCGCAGCGAGCGAUGCCAGUCAGCUCGUCCCUCCCACAACCUCCCACAGCUUGCGGGAAAAAGGUACGCAGAGUACUUCACGCUCCUCCAGACCGAACAACGCUCCCUCCAAUCGCUCUGCAGCACGGCGAAGCUUCUCAUACGCUAGCGAAACUGCGUCGCGUGACGUAGAUCCUUCUGCGCUCGCCUCUGUGUCCUCGUCGGCUGGUAAGCGCACGAGCGAAGUACUGCCAUCCGUCGCGAGACGAACGUCCCUAGAUAUUGCUUUCAGCGGAAGAUCGUCCCCCAACAAAGGCACGAUGGCAUCUGGUGCUGCACCAGGCCCUCUCCAGUUCCCAAGCCGAACAUCCUUGUCUAUGCGGCUGAGUUACUCUGGUUCCGCCAGCAGUCGGCCCACGAGUCGCAGGAACAGCGCCGAUCCCGCAUCGCCGACUGGUUCCAACGAGCCUGUCGUUUUUCCGCCAGCCGGCGCUUUUACAACUCGAUCUUUCGGUUUCCCUACUUGGAGUGAGAUGACGCACCAGGAGCUCGUACGAAAUCUGGGUCCACGUGAGAGGACACGCCAGGAGGUGCUAUGGGAGAUCGUAGCCAGCGAAGAGCGCUACGUCACCGAACUCGAAAAGGCCAAAGAGAUUUACAUUGAUGCUCUGCUUGAUCCUGAGCUCUUUGAUCCGGGCCGUCUUCAAUCUGUCUCUUCCACGCCAGUCACCUCUUCUCCGGUCGAUGACAACUUAUCCAGAAACUGGGCCCAGAGCAACCUUGCUAGCGAAAAUCCAUCGGCUCCCAAACUCGCCGCACCGGAUAGCUCGUCGGGUAACCUGCCCAUCGCCGCUCGCUUCAUGUCCAAUGCACCCGCCAGCAAAGGCGACGCAACCGACGUUGAGCACGCAGCAAGCGCGCGCAAUCCAGAUUCCAUGGGUACGAGCAGCGGAUUCCUGAGGAACCACAUGGCUUCUCGAUCCCGUCCCGGCAGCAGUCGGACUGAUGCCACUUUUGGCCUUGGACUCGGUCUCGGUACCACAGCCACACGAGACAGAAGUGCAGCUGCUUACAUGAGCGCUCCUGUCGCAGCUCAAGGCAAGGGCAAGGCCUCAAAAGCACAUAAGUUGCGGGGCCUCUCACGAAAGACGAAUGGCGAUGCCGACUCCCUCCGGCUCUCCGUGCCAUUGCCGCCAUCCUUGCGAGAGGUGCUUAUUGCCAUUUCUUAUGGCCUCGUCGAGGCGCACGGUCUGCUCUCAGAUGCCCUCAAAGCAAGAUACGAAGAGCAGUGGCCUUUGGUCCGCAGUCUCGCGGAUGUCUUUAUGCGAUACUCUCACAUUCUUGAGCACUACGCCAGCUACGUCUGCCAUUUGCAACGUGCGAUGGAGGAGCUCGAAGAGGCUGCUCUCAUGGAGCGUGCAUUCCGAGGCAAGCGCCUCAAGAAGGAACGUCUCAGCAACACAGUUGGCCUUGGCCGCACGGUUGCUGCACUCGAGGCUUGUGCAGCCGACCAAGGCUAUGCCGGCCUCUCGAUCUUCGCCUCCAUGCCAUUCCAGCGUUUGCUCAAGUAUCCGCUGCUGUUUCAGAACCUCCUCUUCCACACGGACCCAUCCACGCACGAAUUUGAAAGCACCGUCGCUAUAGUAGUGGAAGUGGAGCGCCUCGUACGCUCUAUCGAAGACGAAAAGGUCAACGCCGAGGAAAGGGACAAGACACGCGAUGUGUUCGCACGCAUUGAUGGCAUUACGGAUCGUCAAUUGUUGCGACCACGCCCAGACCGGAUGUUGAUCGAAGAGCAGCCGCUCUACGACGAGAACGCUCGCAGGACGUUGUCCGAGUCUGCACCCAAGGAUGGUAAUACAUACAUCUCCGACAGCGAAGGCGGAGAGAGUGGUACAGAAAGCUCGCGCCCAUCCAGCAAUCAUCGCAAUAGCUCGAAUCAGCCAGGCCUACGCGCUGCUCUGCGAAACAAGCGGUCUUAUCGGCGGCUUUCCGACUUUUUGUCGUCCGAGGGCGCCGGUAGCGGCUCGUCAAAGGCACCGACGAUGGGCAGCAAGAAGGACUUGUGGCUAGUUCGUUUCUCGGACGUUGAGAUCAAGUGUCAGCGGAUCGGCGUGACUGCGCUACCUAUGGUCAGCACGGCAGCUCUAAGGAACGUCGACGAUGCUGCUGAGUGCGAAGCGAGCGAUUUUGCUGCCAGGAGCAAGGACAGUCGCGAGCGCCUCAAAGCUUUGCGAAACACGACGUUGCGAGCCAAGACUCGCAAUCUGUACAAGUUCAUCUCUGUGGUUGCGUGGCGCAACGCUGCUGCACGCGAGAUGAGUGCAGGAAAGGAUGGCUAUGUCGAUGGUCUGCCCACUUCGCAUGAGGUAGACGAGGAAGACGGUGACGACGACGACGAUGCAGCGAGCCUGAGCAGUGCCGAUGGCAGCAGUGCGAGCUGCACAAGCUCAUCGGACAGCGGCGAUGGUGUCGGAGGACAGGCGGGCUCUGAAAAGUACAUUCGAUCCACCAAGCUUUCUUUCACAUACUGGGGCGAUCGUAUCGAACCCAGCCGUGCCAUCGUUGAGGGCCAGGCAAGCACAAACGCGAAUAGCCAGUCGAAAGCGUCUGCAGGCCACAGACCCAGCCGACGGAGCGAUGGUCGCGUGUCUGGCUCGAGUAUGGCUCGGACCGCUGCUUCCAUGGAUUCAGCCGUUACCUCGAGUACUGGUGCCCUUGCGACGUCCGAUACUACGCUAGGCAAGAAACAGCACCGCAGGACGACUCUCACCGGCGUCCCUGCCAAUUUGCCCAGCAGUACGGGUCGAAGAGGUAUGUCGGGCCGGCUUAGCGAACCGCUGGCAGCCACGUCCAUGUCGACGGCGCCAGAAGCCAUGCAGACCGCCGUCGCCCAGAUGCAUGCAAGGCAGCGCAACGAAAAGUUUGGCGCGCGUCUGCGAACGUCGACAGCGACUGGUACAAAUGGCAAUGCGGUCAUGGAGGAAGCAAGUGGCUCCCAUGUGUCGGUCCACUUGACCGGUGCCGACCGGGCCAGCGGUGCUAGUACAGCAGCAGGUCAUCGUAAGAGUAUCACUGCUAGUAGUAUCGGCCGAGCCAUCUAA